GCUGAAAACUGCCGGGGUAAAAUAUAUCCCACAGAAUUGCUCAUGAAUCGUGUUCCUUGCCGAUAAGGAAUCUAGUCUUUUCCUUUGUAUUUUCAUAUAAAGGCGCUGAUUUGAACAGUUUUUUUCUUCUUCACUGAAAUCAGUGACCGGAGUCAGUAGCUGUUUUACAGAGACGCGAAUCAGAAGUUCCAUUCACUCGGUCCCAGGGAGGCAGGCAGAAACCGUCGCACCUGCCCUUUCGGACUUAUCUCUGUCUUUUCAGCGACACGAGAAGAGCAACCAAGUGAGGUCCCUGAGCGAUAGACUACCAUUUGGAUUUUAUACCUCCUCAGCAUUUUUAAAGCAUGUAAAUUGGAUAAAAUGAUUUCUUCGAUUUAAGUUUCAUCUUUCGUGACCAGCAUCCCAUCAGCUGGGUAAAGGGGAAAAAAAGGAGAAAGGAGUUUUAUGCAUUUUACUUUAGGAUUUGAAAUUUGUUUGGUAUAUUGCCGCAACUGGUUCUGGUAGUUCGGGAACUUUACAAAGGGAUUUUCUGAAACUCCUCGUGUCAAAAUGACCCCAACGGACUGCGCGACAUUGUCAUUGCUCCUUUUGCAUUGUUUUACAUCCAUAAAUGGGCAGGUGGAGGGGCUGGAGCUGCCCACCCCUCGGCUGUUUCCUGCAGGUGACAGACACCUGCACACGGUCGGGAGCUCGCUCAGCCUCACCUGCAGGGGUUCGGCCCAGCUGACGUGGAGCCUGCCCCGGCGCAGCCCGGAUUCGGAGGGGGUGCUGGUGGAGGAGUGUGAUCGCGGGACGCACAGCCACUGCAGCCGGCUGGUGGUGCACAACCUGACGCACAAGGACACCGGCACGUACAGGUGCAACUACACCCACGCCCUGGACGAGGAGGUCACCACCUACGUGUUCGUCAAAGAUGACAGACGGCCGUUUGUACACCAGCACAGCUCUAAUCCGGACACCGUGAUGGUGUUUGCCGAUGAUGACCACAUCCUGAUUCCCUGCAGGACCACGUCACCUGACUACCAGGUCAUCCUGGAGGGGGAGCCGCGAAUGGUGGACAGCGUCAAAAAGGGGGCGGAGUGGGACCCGCAGGUCGGUUUCACGAUUCCGUACGUCCGCCACACGCACUACAACUUUCUCCGCUGCGUCGCCAUCGUCCACGGUCAGCGUGUAUCGUCGCUCUACAUCCCCGUAAAACUGAGCUCUGACCUUACCAAUGUCAGGAUCACACCGAAACGUGUCAAGCUGUUGGUUGGGGACACCCUCAACCUCACGUGCUCUGGACAAAUCACCUUCAAUGGAAAACCUGUAUUCAAUUGGACCUUCCCACAGAGAACUUCGAAUCGCGCUCAUGAGUUGAAGCCCAUGAGAGAGGAACCAUCCUUGAACUUCAUGAGUAGUAGCACCAUGAUCGUGAAGAACGUCACCAUGGAGGACAGAGGCUGGUACAAGUGCACGGCGAUGAACGUCCAGAAGAAGCAUGGGGUGGUGAACAUCCAGAAGAAGCAUGCCUCAGCUAAAGUCAUCAUCUAUGAGGAUCCAUUCCUCAACGUGUCCUACAGUGGGCGCAGAGUGAUAACUGCCCUAGAGGGCAAACACCAGGUGACCAUCGUACCCCGGGUCGUCGCACUUCCAGCACCAAAUGUUGUCAUGUGGUACAAAGAUGGCGAUCCCAUCAGGGAAAACUCAACUUUUUAUGAACCGUCGGGUUUCAUUCUCACCAUUAAAGAUGUAAAGCAGAAGGAUGCUGGGAUUUUCACCAUUGUCCUGAGACACACAGGAAGAAACUUGCAUACGUCUCUCAACUACACCUUAGUGGUCCAAGUGAAGCCGGUGAUCUCAGAGCAGGAAGUGGGCAGGGUGGACAUGCAGCCUUGCCCGAAGGGUGGGGAGUGCCAUCUCACCUGCACGGCCUUCGGGAUUCCCACGCCCAACAUCACCUGGGCGUGGCAGCCCUGUGACCCCAACCCCGCCCUCAAGCGGUGUAUGAAAUACACUUUACCAGAACCCAUCCACUCUGAUGGCGAACAAGGGAAAAUGACAGAGCACAAUCACAAUGAGAUUAAGCUCAUCCAAACCAAAUACGAGAUUGUGAAAGGCCAAAAUAAAACCAUCAGCACCCUGGUGGUAGCCGAGGCGAACGUCACAGGGAUUUAUUACUGCUACGCAAAGAACACGCUGGGCACCAACUCGUGGAGCAUUCCUUUCUACGUUAGUGACAGUCACCCGAAGGCCAUAGAGAUCAAGCCCCACAAGCCGAUAGAGGGGGAUGACGUCAUCCUAACCUGCCGAGCCACGCGAUACCUGUACUCCAGUUUGGUCUGGUACGACCCGCAGAACCGGACGGUCCCGAGCGAGAACGUCUCCCUCACCCCCCACUCCAUCUCCCUCUCGCUGAGGCUGGAGAACGUCACCUGGGACAACACCAAGGGCUACGAGUGCAGAGCCUUCAACGACUACACCCAGAAGGAGGUCCGAAUGGUGUCCCUUCUGCACGUUAAAAUUCAAGAGCGGAGAGGGCCCUGGUUGCAGCAGAACCUGACCAAUCAGGACGUGAACAGCGGCAGCACUCUGAUCCUGAACUGCUCUGCCCUGGGGGUUCCAUCACCCAACAUCACUUGGUACAAGAUUGGGCGUCCUGUGCUGCAAGGACCAGGAAUCACUCUGGCGGAGGACGGGUUACUGACAAUCGAACGAGUGAAGAAGGAUGAUGAAGGCCUUUAUGAGUGCCGGGCCAGCAACACUAUUGGGAGGGUGAAGACAGCAGCAGUCAUCACUGUAGUUGGUGAUGAGGGGAAGCCCAACAUCGAGGUCAUUAUCCUGGUGUGUACUGGAGUGGCGGCCACCUUCCUCUGGCUGAUGCUCAUCCUCUUCAUCCGUAAACUGAGGAAGCCCAGCUCUGCGGAUAUAAAGACAGGCUAUCUGUCAAUCAUAAUGGACCCAGAUGAGGUGCCCCUUGAUGAGCAAUGUGACCGUCUGCCUUAUGACAGCAGCAAGUGGGAGUUUCCCCGAGACCGACUUAGACUGGGCAAAACACUGGGACAUGGAGCUUUCGGCAAAGUCGUGGAGGCAUCUGCAUUUGGAAUCGACAAGUUAUCUACUUGCAAGACAGUUGCGGUCAAAAUGCUAAAAGGAGGAGCCACGACCAAUGAGUGCAAGGCCCUGAUGUCGGAGCUGAAGAUACUGAUCCACAUUGGUCAUCACCUCAAUGUGGUGAACCUUCUAGGAGCCUGCACCAAGCCAGGAGGUCCCCUGAUGAUAAUAGUGGAGUUCUGCAAGUAUGGAAAUUUGUCCAACUACCUAAGAAGCAAGAGGAGUGACUUCAAUGUCUAUAAGAACCAGGAUGGCAAGAGCAUGACGUCUGGGCCGGGUUGCAACCUGAGCGACCUCAUCAAACGGCGACUGGAGAGCGUGGCCAGCACAGGAAGUUCGGCCAGCUCCGGCUUCAUCGAAGAUAAGAGCUACUGCGAUUCAGAGGAAGAUGAGGAAGAACCAGAGGAUUUGCACAAGAGAGUCUUAACUAUGGAAGAUUUGAUCUGCUACAGUUUUCAAGUAGCCAAGGGCAUGGAGUUCCUGGCCUCACGGAAAUGUAUCCAUCGCGAUUUGGCUGCCAGAAAUAUUCUGCUGUCUGAAAACAACGUUGUCAAAAUAUGCGACUUCGGGCUAGCAAGGGAUAUCUACAAAGACCCGGACUAUGUGCGAAAAGGAGACGCCAGGCUACCGUUGAAGUGGAUGGCCCCAGAAGCCAUUUUUGACAAGAUCUACACCACGCAGAGUGAUGUGUGGUCGUUCGGGGUCCUCAUGUGGGAGAUAUUCUCAUUGGGUGCUUCCCCUUACCCGGGCCUGCACAUCGACGAGGAGUUCUGCUGUAGACUGAAGGAAGGGACCCGAAUGAGAGCUCCAGAGUACUCCUCCUCCGAAAUAUACCAGACGAUGCUGGACUGCUGGCAAGGAGAGCCAGCGGAGAGGCCCACAUUCACAGAGCUGGUGGAGAGGCUGGGGGACCUGCUCCAGGCCAGCGUGCAGCAGGAAGGCAAGCACUACAUCCCCAUAAACACGGGCCUGCUGACAAACGAGGGCAAGCCCUCCGGAACCACCAUCGCAGAGGAGACCUCCGACACUCCCGCUUCUCACAGAGACUCGGGGAGCGUCUGCAACAUCAAGAUCCGUCCUGCCAGCGUAAAAACCUUUGAUGAGGUUACCAUGGAGAGCGACACAAACGAGUCCCAGGAGGGAGGUCAGUCUGACAGUGGGAUGGGCCUGUCCUCUGAUGACAUGAAGACCCUGAAGCGUCUGGAGUCCCUGGCUCGGCCCUUGAGCAUAAUGGCUCUGGCGAUGAAGGCCGUGAGUAAGAGCAAGGAGUCGGUGCUGCAGGAGGGGGAGAAGGAGAAGUUCCAGCCCCCCGUCCCCGACCUGGACCUCAGCCUGGAGGACUCGUCCCUGGACCCAGGCUUGGAGUGCCACAGCCCGCCCCCCGAUUACAACUAUGUGGUCCGCUACUCCACCCCUCCCGUUUAGUCCCGGCCCUGUCACACCCCAUCCAGGUCGCCACCACCCUCAGCCAAGCGUGCGCCCCUAUUGGAGAAUCCGACUGACUGUCUCAAGACCCCAAACCCCACUCCAGUCCCAACCCCUCUGCCCCGCCCUGUCUGGACCCUGCAGUCUCCCAGAGCGCCACUCUUCCCCUUUUCAUUUAGAUUUUUUCCUAUCAUAUUUUUUUUAAAUCUGUCUCUUCCCUCAGUGCAGCUACCUAGGAAUUUUAAAAAACAAAGCAAUGUGCCACUUUAUUACAGCUGACAGAACAAGGAAAGAACACAGAACCCUGAGACAGAUAUCCCCCCCCAUCCCAAAGUUCAAAGUUCAAAAUCUGCACUUUGUCCGUGUCUGCUUAUCCUCCACCAGGACUUUUUCAAAGGAAAGCCACCUGUUUGGGGUUGCCCCCACUGACAUUCAAAGGCAGUUCACCUACAGCUUCCACAGGGUUCUAGUCCAGCCCAACAGAGGGUGCUGCUGGACAUUCUACAGACCAAUAUGAUGUCCAUGCUUUCGGCAUGAAGACAUGCUCAGGUAUUUAAUGAUCUACUGUGAAAGCUAAUGAGAACAAACAGAUCCCUAGUAUUGUACAGAUUCAUUUGCGGAUUGUUCAGCCAAUCUCUCUGUUGUCGGGUAUUAAAGGUUGGCCACGUACGAGAUGUGUGUCUUCGUAACCAAGUUACGCCCAGGUGGAGGAGGGCAGGAUAUAGGGGUGGGCUUAUUAUAUUGUAAAUAUAUUUUCUAAAGAAAUGGAAACUGGAAAAAAAGUUUAAAAUUUAAUAUUAUUUUCGAUGUGUAUUUUUGUUAUAAACAGUAUUCUCUUGGAGAUAGCUAUACAAGGAUGAAAAAGAAUAUUUUGAAAAAAGGUAUUUUAAAAACGGGAAAAAAUCAUAAAAACAUAUUUCUUUACCUGGAUCUCGCAUUCACUCAUGGUUUUUAAAAGCUACUGUCAGAGUGAGAGAAUGAGAGAGAGAGAGAGAGAGAGAGAGGGAAGUCUCUGAAUUAUUGAUAGUGCAGUCAGAAAGCAUUCCCCACACCAACAGCCUAAUAUACUGAAUUCCCCAGUUUUUUCAGGAAACCAGUCAUGUUUUGGUUGGAUCGGCUGGCCAUAGUGGCUCGUUUAAUUUCUAUUACAUGGGUUAAAGUGCACCUAGGGUAUUUCUCCACACAAAAAAAACAUCACAUCAUUCUCCAGCCAUUCCUUUGUUUUUUUUUAAUGAUUGUUUCUCUUGGAUGGUUUAAUAAGCAAUAAAACAUUAACCAGGGGCAGUGUGUUUGGCUGUGCCUGCCCACACAGUUUCAUGUAAAUGGCCAUCAUGAAGCAGGAUUUCUGUCACGAUUUUCUUUGUGCUUCCAACCAAACUAUUUCCCAGAAUUGAACCCUUUCUGAAAAGACACCCAGGUGCCCUUUAAUCCGAGGAACCACAGGUGGACUUACUCAUUGUUAGGUCGAUCUGUACCACAGUAUGUGGUCCCCAUGCAGGCCGGCAGUCACACAGAAACCCCCUCAGAGGUUUGGGUCAGUGUAACUGUAAAAGGGAACAAGCCCCAGGACCUGGCCGUCUGCCCUACUGCACGCUGAACCGGACCUCCAUCCACGCCUGACGUGUGGCAGAACUGGGGGGAAACAAUCCCCCAUUCUAUUACUGUUUUUGUUUUAAAUCAAGUGAAUAAUUAAUUGGUGUCCUUUCCUCUAGCCCCUGUGGCUGGCGGUUCAUGAGGAAAAGGCUCUGUGUGUUUCUGUGUGAGAACAGCUGAGCACAGGUGUAAUUGUGUGACAUGCGAGCGUACGUCACGGCAAGUGUUUAUUUUUGUUUGUACAAUGCUGGUCAGAAACAGUGACCAUAAGAUUAGUAUUACAGUUUGCUGCAGAAAGCAGCAGUGAAGAGAUAAACUAUGCAUAUUUAUUCAGGAAGUAUAUCUGUCACAUACAGUUCAAGGAUCAAAUGCAAUGUAAUUUAAAUUCCAAGCUGUUAAAUGUCAACCAAAGGAUUGUGUGCCCUGAGCAACUCUUGUAUAAGAAUUACUAACAUUCCAUUUUUUAUUUCUUUUAUAAUGAGAAAAAUCUUUUGUGAUGUUUUUUUUUUACGCUGCUGUAUACACUAUGGUUACAAUAGGAAGAAAUGUAGUUGUUUUCUUCUGUUAACAGGAAUGUCUAUAUUGAGUUUGGUAACAGAUUCAAUUUCUCGUACUAAAAACGUUACUAAAGCUUGCAGGACAGGCCACAGUUUCUGUGUCACGUGAGCACUGAGAGUGUAGAGAGCAAUUCAAAGGCUGGUCACGAUGAACGCAUCACCAUAAACAGAACUUUGUGUUAAAAAGCUGAAGGUAGCAAAAAAAAAUAAAAUGAAGGAAAAUAACGCAGCUAAUAAGGAUGCGGUUGAUAAAUGCUGUUUCUCCUCAACGUUGUAGCACGUGAACCUGUAUCCUGCGCGAGUCUGUGUUGGAAACCACUGGUUUUAAGAUCAGGGUGAAUCUUGUGACUGUUGGACCCAGGAAUGCACAAGGAAGUAAUUUCAUCAGCUGACCCUGGGUCUCCUCACACAGAAAGUUUGAGUGGCCAGUCAUGUAUUCCAUAACCACUACUCUUGGAAGUGCCAGUAAAACUCUUUAGAAAAAACCAGUGCAACAUCUGGACAGUUGAAUACUGCCAACAGUUGUUUGUAUAAACAGGCUGAUUGGUUUGGAUACCAAGUAUGGAGAAAAAUGUAUGCACUGAUGAUAUUGUCUUUCUUACGUAGUUUUAUAAAUUUCUAUUCAAAAUGUAUUAUGUAUUUUUUAUUAUUAACCAUGUAUAAGGAAAUAAAUAAAUGAAUAAAGAUCUAUAUAUUUAUACAUUA